AUGUCUUUAGGAAUUAAUUUGGAGCGAUAUUAAUUUGAUCGUCGAUUAAAAGACUUACAGGAUAAAAUUUUAAGUUUAAACUAUAGGGCUCCAAAAGAAUAAGUGCCUUAGAUUCAACCAGUAAGUGAACCUUAAUAUUUAAAUAAUCAAUAUUAUCCAUAACCAAUAUAUUACUCUCCUUAACUUUUGUAUGGAUUUUCAAAUAAUUUGAAUACUUAUACACCUUAUUUGUAAUAUUCAAUUGAUAAUAAAUUCCUAAAAAAAGAAAAUGAAGAGAAAAAAAGAGUUAAAGAGUUAGAAAGAAAAUAUGAAAUUUAGAAAGUAGAAGAAAAAUUGGCUUAAAAAUAAGAAUUAAUGAUAGCAAAUUUAAAGAAAGAUAUCUUAGAUUAUAUAGAUCCUUAUAUAUAUGGUAAUUCUAGAAUUUAACAAAAUUUUGUACCAUAAUAAUAAUUUUAAUAAUCUAAUUAAACCCUAACUCAUUAGACAUAAAACCAAGUUCCACUAUACUUAUAAUAUCAUAAUAAUCCGUCAUAAAUAUUUUAAGAUGAUAAUUUGAGCAAUCCUUAAUCUUAUAGAACAAGCUUCUUAUAAGCUGGCUAAAAUUCAUUAAAUUAAUUUGAUCAUAAGUCCACAAUAUUUUGA